UGUGCUGUUAUCUAGAGGUUUAUUUAUUAUUCGCAUUAUCAAUAUUUGAAAUUGAAGCUAAAUAAAUUAUUUAAAUAGAAACAUUAUUAUUGUAAAUAUAAAUGGUCGUUAAAGAAAUUUUAUAAUGUAUUUAAAUAUUUAUAAGCUAAGUAAAGUUCAAUUUUCAGCUAUUCAGUUAUGUAGAUUCUCUACUAAAGUAAUUUCAAAUGAGCAACAUCUAUCAAAUGAUACUAAUUCUGAAAAAAUAUUGAAACCUGAGAGGAAAUCAGUUGUUCCAGCUAAUUCCAGAUAUAUUUAUCCAGAAUUUUUACCGGAUCCUAAAAUGCAGUGGAGAAAUUCAUUACGAGAAAAACUAGAACGUAUGGAUAUGAUUCAGAGAAGGAAACAUAUUGAUAUUCCUGAGUUUUUUGUAGGCAUUAUUAUGGCUGUUACUUCAUCUAAUCUACAUGCUCCAAACAAAUCAACACGGUUUGUUGGAAUUUGUAUUCAACGUUUGGGAUGUGGCUUAAGAGCAAAUUUUACUCUUAGAAAUAUUGUAAAACAUGUAGGAACUGAAAUGAAAUUUCAAUUAUAUGAUCCAACUGUACAGAAAAUAGAAGUAUUGCGUUUAGAAAAACGUUUAGAUGAUGAAUUAUUAUAUUUAAGAGAUGCCCCUAAUGAGUAUAGCUCAUAUGAUGAAAACAUGGAAGCUGAAUUUUUGCCUGAAGGCUCUCCUGUUCCAAUCAAUACAACAUUGGUUAAAUUGAAACCUAGACCUUGGCGUGCUAGAUGGGAAAGAAAAGGUAUGAAAGGAUUAGCUGAUUUAGAAUUAGAAGAACGUUUUUAUAAUAGAGCUGAAGAAUUAGCUACACCUUGGGAAAAAUAUGAUUUAAUGAAACAAUAUAGAAAAACUAUACCCGAAGAAGAACAAAAAGAAAUAUUUGCAGAAGUAUAUUCUGAACUUCAUGAAGUGGAAGUUACGCGAAAGAAAUUAAAAAGAAAGCGAGUGUUUGUCAAACCUAAUAAAACAAUCUAAUAUUGUUGUAGAAACUAUUUUCUAUAUAAUAAAUUUUAUUCAAUUUUUAUAGCAUAAAACAAA